UAAAUAAUUGGUUUGAAUCAAGUGUUAUGGUGUUGCUGGCUUUUCAGUUUGGACGAAGAUGAAAACUUUAAGGAGGUUUAAUGAAUCCUUUUCAUAUAUUUUCAUGAAGUGCUGAUCAUGAGAAUAACAUAAAAAUCGUUCUGUUUAGGAUUUGUGAUACUAUUACAGGAUACCUAACAUAAUAGGAGUUUAUUUAUCAUAUAUGAAAUUGAUUCAGUGAUAAGUGUUGGAAUUUAGAGUUCAGUUGAUUAUGCACUACCACUGAUAUAAAGUUUGUGAGUAUAAAAACUACACAUUCUUUAUGUGAUACUUGAGACAUACAAAACAAAAAGUUAGUUUUCAUAUGAGGAUUUGAAGAUAUAUCAUCACGAUGUGAGGACUUAAGAUCUACAAAAUGUUCUAAAAUGUACUAACAAUAGUUUAUUUAAAAUGUAUCGAAAACAUUUGUGGUGUGUGACAAGUGAAUAGUGUAUUCAUUAACCUAUAUAGACAAAUAUUGAUUGGUAAACAAGACAUUACGUGACAUUCAAACAAACACUUCUUGGCAAAUAUUAUUGAGACCAAAUCAUCAUGGCAGCAGCAGUGGAGAUUGAAAACAGUAUUAGGGUAGAUAACUUGUUCUCCCCGGAUGAGCAAGAUGUGGAUAUGGCAGCAGAAAUGGCUUCAUUGUCACUGAAGACAGCACUAGUGAGCCCCACCAGUGAGGAGUUUGAGGUACUGUCAGAGACAAUCCAGGAGAGGAUCAUAGAGGGACAAGGAGAAACCAUUUAUGAAAUAGGAACAGGAGAGGGUGGGGCACCAGGACUCUCAGAAGAAGACAUGCAGGCAUCUAUAGCUACACUUACCAGUGUCGCCCAGCCACAGAAUCUUGAAAUGGUCAAGCUACGAGAGAGGAAAGAAGCAGAGGGUAUUGUGGUUGAGUUCCUCCUCAGAAAAACUCUGGAACCUGAGGAUUUUAUGGAGGUCCGGGUAGCAGUUGUGGGGAAUGUGGAUGCAGGGAAGAGCACAUUGCUGGGUGUGCUCACACACGGAGAGCUAGACAAUGGUCGUGGUAUGGCCAGACAGAGACUUUUCAGACACAAACAUGAGAUGGAAUCAGGGAGGACCAGCAGUGUAGGCAAUGACAUCCUGGGAUUUGACUCUGUGGGGAAGGUCGUCAACAAACCUGAUCACGGCCACCUGGACUGGGUGAAGAUAUGUGAAAAGGCAUCAAAGGUGGUCACAUUUAUUGAUCUGGCUGGGCAUGAGAAAUAUCUGAAGACGACAGUGUUCGGAAUGACAGGCCAUGCACCAGACUUUGCAAUGUUGAUGAUCGGAGCCAAUGCUGGAGUGAUAGGGAUGACCAAGGAACAUCUAGGUCUGGCCCUGGCACUCAGUGUGCCAGUGUUUGUGGUGGUCACAAAGAUAGACAUGUGUCCUGCCAAUGUCCUCCAGGAAACACUCAAGAUGUUACAAAGAAUCCUUAAAUCUCCUGGUUGUAGAAAGAUUCCUGUCCUUGUUCAGAACCAGGAUGAUGUGGUGUGUUCAGCAACAAACUUCACAUCAGAAAGGAUGUGUCCUAUAUUUCAAGUUUCCAAUGUAUCUGGAGAAAAUCUAGAUUUACUGAAAAUGUUUAUGAACCUGCUGACGACAAGAGUGAAAUGUCAUCCAACAGAACCAGCGGAGUUUCAGAUAGACGAUACAUUCUCAGUCCCUGGUGUGGGAACAGUGGUGUCAGGAACACUACUACAGGGACAGAUCAGGCUAAACGACACGGUGUUACUGGGUCCUGACGCUUUGGGACACUUCCAGCCAAUUAUCAUUAAAAGUAUCCACAGGAAGAGGAUGGCAGUGCGGGAAGUCCGAGGUGGACAGACAGCAUCCUUUGCUCUGAAAAAGAUCAAGAGGUCCUCUAUACGUAAAGGAAUGGUGCUGAUCUCACCAAGACUAGAACCAAAGGCCUGCUGGGAGUUUGAGUCGGAGAUCUUGGUGCUACACCAUCCAACUACGAUAUCGGUCCGCUACCAAGCCAUGGUCCAUGUUGGCAGUGUGCGGCAAACAGCGACCAUUAUCAACAUGACCAGCGAGCACCUGAGAACUGGGGACAAAGCCAUUGUGAGGUUCAGAUUCAUCAAAAACCCAGAGUACCUCAAGACAGAUAUGAAAAUGGUGUUCAGAGAGGGCCGCACCAAGGCUAUUGGAAACAUUAGUAAACUGUAUCCUCAUGUGAGUGCAGUGGCACAGAACACACGGCAGCACCGGGCGGCCAAGAAGGCCCAGGACGCUAACCACCAGUCACACCCGGCCAACGAGCCGCAGAAACCCAGCAAGAGGAGGCGGUCGCGAGGGGGCACAGCACGGUUACCCCCUCCAACAAUACCAGAGCAAGGGGAGGCUAGCUCCUCCCCCUCCCUUAUACAGAGGUCUCCCCCAAACAGUGCAGUGACAGUCGCAUCGUAAUGUUCUGUUGUCAGUCGGCCACCUGUCAUUCCAUGUGCCAGUCUCUGGUUUACUGGAGAAACAUGGUCAUCAUUGUGUAUACUGGUCUGAUGAGUUAGUAUGUACCAAAUGUAUUACUGCUUGAGGUGAACAUUUAACAAAAAAUUGAACAACUGAUUUGACCCUGUACUGACACUGGAACUCAAAUUACAUCAUCAUAUCACUCAGUUAUUUUAUCAUAAUUUUAAACCGUUUUGAUAUAUCAAUUUAUUUUGUUUGUAAAAAUAGUAACACCAGUAAAACCAUAAUGUCUGUGUGUAAAAUCUUAAUGAUAAUAUUGGUAUACAAAUCUUCCUGCAUGCUUAAGCUUCCUCGUGGUAGCCAUAUUGAUCUCUCUGAACCAACAGAUGCACUAACAAAACCAUUAAGUUGAUGUUUUGAAUCCAACCACUUUUCAGAAUUGUUACCUAAUUUUUAUGCUGUAUGAUUCAUAAAAUGACAAACAAAUCUCAUGAUAAAAGUAUUGCAUAAAUGCACACAUGGAGGAAAAUUUUAAUUUCCAGUUCAGAUUGUAUAGAGGAUUUUUUUAUUUAGAUUCAUUUUCAAUUGGAAUUUCUAUGUUUUUGCUGGAACGACUUUGCAAGUUGUAUACAGAAGGUUCUGAAAGAUACUUCCUAUUACUCACUUAUUAAAAACUUGACAAACCAAAUUAAAUGUGAAAGACAAUAAAAUCAAUUACAUAAAAGUGUUAUAGUAGCUACUUUAACUAGAUAUAAAGUUUUACUGAAGUCUAUUUUUAAUUUGCCUAACAUGUGAACUGGAUAACACUGUUUCAUUAUUGUUAACAUCAGAUACAAAAAGAUAUGAAUGAAUCAAUUUUUAAUAUGAAUUUCACAGAAUAGUUGAAAUUAAAUAAGCUUUAAAUUGAAUGUGUAUGUGUUGAUGGCGUUUUCUAUUCUGUAUGUUUACUCAAAGAGAGAAUUUUUUAUUGAAAGACUUGUAUUAGUUUUGUUUUGACUUCGGUUCCCUUCUUAAGAAGGGGAGGUAACUUUGAUUGGACACGAAGGCUGUUGAAGAAUGUCAAAGUAUUAUUAUACAGUUUGUAAUUAUAUAAGUUACUGUGUAAUUUUACAAACUGUCCAAAUAAUGUGAUGUUACUUCUCUAACCAAAUUUGGAUGAGCACUGUUGAAUACCAUUACCAAGGUACCCACCCCAGGAUCCCUACCGCCACUAGGAACUGACUUCCUUGCAGGGGCGUUUGGUCUCCACCCCCCAGUUGUUACAAAUUUGGAUUCGUAAAAUGAUCAAGCAGAUAUCAAAGGUAUAACUGCCUUAUCUCAGCCAAUUGUUCUCUUUCUUUUACAAUCAUCUUUGGUGGUGGGUGAUGUUUCUUUUUUCCAAUUAAAACCAGUGUCAUAUCUUCAGUGUUAAUCCAUGUUGAGAGGGCAUUAAUCAAACUUCCACAGUCUAGGUGAGACUCAUCCUCACCAGCCAUUCACAAUGUCACAAGGUACUGUGUAAGUUAUAACAAAUUGUGGAGACAGAACUACUUCAAUCCUUGAACAGCAGCUACACAUGUGUAUAUAGUACUCUCCAUGUAAGUUAAUGUAGGUAUGGGGUUUGCAGCUAUCCAGGUGUCGUCCCACCAGCCCAGUGUUUUUCUGUUGAGUGGGAGGAUACUUGAGUAAUUUAUGUGAGAAUGCAUGUCACGGAAUUGGAACAACCAUAAUCGUGUUAUGUUUACAAUUUACAUUGUUUGUGUCGAUUUGUGAAAUGUUUUUGUAAACAUACUUUUUUUUUUAAAUUAAAGAAAAAAUAAAAUGUG